AAAAUUUCCGCGUUUCGCUGCCAACCUAAACCCUAAUUGAGUUAAAAUCCCUAGUUUGUGUUUUCAACCGCAGUGGUUUCGCUGAUUAUUUGUCAAAAAAAUCCGUUCUCAUCCAACACCUGGCACAAGACAGUUCAAAAUGACUCAAAACAGAAAACGGGGUCGCAACCACCAUGAAGACGAAGUCGAAUUUAUGCCACUCUCGAAACGGAUCAACAAUCUCCAUAUAAACAACGGUCUCUUCUUGGACAACUCCAAUCCUCUGGGGGCGUCUGAAUGGGGCCCCGGGCCCCCAAACUUCGUUCAUCAGCUCCCCGAGUCGCCCCCAAGCUCGGUGCAAAGUCUCGAUUGGAACAGUUCGCCCCAGUAUUCCCCAGAUCUGAGCGAAAACCAAAAUCCACACUAUUUUAAUAUCAAUAAACUGUUGUUUGAAAUGUAUGUUGAGCGGCUGCAGCGUGGAUGUCAUCAAGUGUGAUUAGGGCCAUUACAAGACUGUAUUUUUUAUACUUUUGUUUUUUAUGUAUUAAGAAACUGCUUUUUAUGGACCAAUUUAUUUUUGAAAAUAAGGCUUGAUUUUUUGAGCUGUUAUUUGUGUGUGCCACAGAGCCGUUACAAUAUGUAAUUUUAGAUGCCAUUAAGUCCGAUGUUCACUUCAUUGAUUUGUUUGAAAUAAAAGUGAACAAAGGCUUGCAUUACUUGUUAAUUUAUUUUAUAGGAUAGUUAGAUAAUAUAAAUAUCCACGUGGUUAUUCACUAGUUAUGCACAUGUAAGAGUAUUAUUUUUAUUAUGUCUUGCAUUUAGCCAUUGUACAUUGUGUUUGAAAUAAGAUUUUUUCUAGUUUUUGUUUUUUAGACCAUUACUACACUGAUAUUAAGGCAUAUAAACAGUAUAAAAAAUUCAAUCAUUGGUGGACGUAGCUGAAGAUAAGCUAAAUUUAGUGUCAGCUUUUAUUUUCAAGUAGUUGAGAAUGAUAACGCAUCAAGAUUGUUCGAUUUUUUUUAAUUUACUUAUUGUACAAGAAAUACUGCAUUUUUUUUAUAAUUUUUAAUUUGUGUGAUUAAAUAUUUAUCCCAUGUUUCACAGUAGCUUAAUUAAUUAAAUUCGGUAUUUAUUGAUUGCUCUAUUAGUAAUUUACAUGCUGAAUUGCUUAGACUUUCUUUGAAUUGUAAAAAAUUAUAAAGGAUCAAUAAAUGUUUAAUUAUUU